AUGGUACGAAAUAGUCAGAAAUUUGUUCCCCCAACACGUCGCAAGAAGCCCACGAAAACGCCAGAAUGUCGGCGCUUGUACACAGACUCGGCAGAGAGUAUCUUCAGUAGCACACCAGAACUCAUCAACCCUACACGAACAGACGGUAUCCAAAGUCCGGGGGUCAACAAUCAGAAUCAGGAAGAAUUCAUAAAUGACAAGGUUACAUUUGUCAGAGUACAAAGGAGACUGUUGAAGAGAACUCAAGCCGAUACCAUCCAUGAGGGAAAAAGAAAAGCGGCGAAGGACCAGAGGAUGAUGUCAGACCCCCUCCCUGCAGUACAGAGCCACCUCGGGGAUGUAGGGUGCACCCCCAACGACUGCACUAGCAUAUUUAACUUCACGCAGAGUCCUCCUCCCAAACGCAAGAGCAUGACUGCCUCUGAAAGGAAGAAGAUUUAUUUAGACGUUCUGUUGACGAUAUACAAGAUGAAGAACCAAUUACAGGGUUUACGAGAACGCCGGGAAAGUUUAACAGAAAAACGACAGAGGAUGAAACCCCAGGGAACACGGGGAGAAGAGUGAGAGAAUACAUGUACAUGUAAACUAAAUUUAGAGAUCACGAGUACAUCAGUCGAGGUGGGGUGGGGGUGUCACGUGUGACUAGGAACAGCUGUAAUACCCCCCCCCCUUUCCCCCGCUCUCUUCCCCGUCAAGGUACAGAGUUGUUGACAAACACGAAUAUCUAGUUCAAUGCGUACGGAUACGGAAAUCAAUGUGAACUUGGUAACACGAACUUUCUAGAACUGUAGAACGUUGGGUACAAAAUAAACUCUUUGUAUACUUUCGUAA